AUGACAGCAAUCCAAGAUGGUGGACUUCCUUGUGGAAAACAACGCUUGUGGACAGACCGUGUUGAAGCUCGUUAGCAGAGGAAAUGCGAUCGUUGCAGAGCUUCUCCGGCUUUCCGACUUUAUACCGCCAGUGUUUAAGCAAGAAACGAAAGAAGAUCGCGAUAAAUAUGGCGAGAUUUUGGCGGACUUCUCCUAUUUCAAAGGUCCCGAUUACUACGAGAACCGCAUAGAUUCCAAGCCGGUAAGCUUAAGUAAAAUGAGCGGCUCAAAUGUUACGUAGCUAUUUCUUUUCUCUUUGGAGGUACUCGUAAUUCUCUUUACUACCUCGUAUAUGCUACAAAAAAAGAGGAAUCCUCAAACGGAAGACUAGCAUGGCUCGGAACCGAGACAUCAGCUGUUUGUUAUUUUUAUAGGUAAGGCUGGGCGGGAGGUGGGGGUUCUCCGGAGGGGUUAUCGUUUUGGUAGGUUGUGCCAAUUUCAUUGUACCACUAAAAGAUCAAGUUAGAGCAUGGGGACAUUUUUUAACAACUUUUGAAAUUUUAUUUACGUUCGUGUUUGCAAUAGUAAUUGUAUAUUGUAAUUAUAUUGCACUUUUAAUAGGAGUUCAUAAGAACUCGUUGAUACAUGUCUGUGCAUUCCAAAUCGAGUUGGAAUUUGGAUGUGUUGGUUUUUACUGCGCUUUUCACAAACGUGCGAAUUCUGAAGUUCAAAACCCGCCUUCACAAUUGCGUUUUUCGCUGCCGUCAGUCAUCUUAACGGACCUCCUAGGAAACAAAACUUUACUUUAACGGGUUCAAAAGGUCAUGGUUUGUGAUUUGUGAUUGGUGGAUUUCGAUCCAUUUUGUGUGUUUGUGUGUUUCAAGGUUCGUUGCUUGUGAUCGUAAUUAUGAUUGACGGUAGCGAAAAACCCAAUUAUUGUGAAGGCGGCUUUUGAACUUUAGAGUUCGCAUGUUUGUGAAAAGCGCAGUGAGGAGGGGGGAAAACGGAAGUACCCAGAGAAAAACCUCUUGGAGCUAGGGAGAGAGCCAACAACAAACUCAAUGCCUUAUGGCAUCGACACUAGGAUUCGAACCCACAUUGGAAGGAGGCGAGUUCUCUCACCACUGCACUAUACCCUUGCUCCCCACCCUUGCUUUCAAAAUGGAAAAGCUUCCCCUUCUCCACCAGACCCCACAGAAAGAGGAUCACAGGAUCACACUCCCCUAUAAGACUGAAUUAUGACAUUCACUUUUUGUCUUUUAGGAGCUGCAAGAUCUAGAUGAAGAAUUUAGAGAAAAUCACAUUGAGAUCUUAACCAGAUUCUACAAAGCUUUUGAAAGUGUUCACAAGUAUAUCACUGAUCUGAACAGGUAAUUUAGCCACUUUCGUAGUCCUAAUAGUAAUGAUUGAAGAAGUAAAUAUUUACAGGAGCUUGAUUCAAAUGAAAGGAAAAUACAGUUUAGCUCAACAUUGUGUUACGUCAAUUUGUCAAUUUCUCCAUCAUUACUGUGAUGACUGUUUAUGUCUUUCUACCAUAAUUAUCAUUCUUCAAAACAAUGGUGGAUAAAAGAUUCAUCUGCCCAUUAAUUUUUUUGCGUUCGUUAUCAUCUUUGUCAAGAUCAUCAUUAACAGUUUCUUUUUCAUAGACUCUAAAUAAAAAAGCAUACAUGUAAUUGUGCCAGAUCACAGAAAACUUGACUUUUCAGUAGGCACUUCAUCGCUUGGUUUAUGUUAUUAUAGGUAUCUGGAAGAUCUUGAUGAGGGAGUUUUUAUACAGCAGACACUAGAGAGUGUGUUGCUUAAUGAAGAUGGAAAACAACUAAUGGUAAAUAUGUUUCUUUAUAAGAAUUUGCUGCAUUUUAAGUGCUGGUCAAAGUUGGAAUGUGUUGGAAAUAAGCAUACAUUACUAUUGUUUGCAUUUCAGUGUAAAGAUAAUUGAAGAAGUGACCCAAUACUUUCUGUUUGACCAGCACUUACAUUAGGCUUUUUUGGUGUAAAGAUAUUCAUUUACAUUUUGUUAAAGAAACAAAUUAUUUUUCCUGCUUGCAAUAACUGUCUUCGCAUAAAGGGAUGUUUUAAAAUUUAUUAGUAUUGUUUAAUACUGUAAUGUUUUCUUGCUGAUAGUGUGAAAGCCUGUACCUGUAUGGCAUUAUGCUUCUUGUCAUUGAUAUGAAGUUUGAAGGGGAUGUGCGGGAAAGAAUGCUGGUUUCCUAUCACAGAUACUGGUGAGACAUUUUAACACACACAGUUCAAGACAGUUGUUAAUGCCAGUGCUACUUGUUUACACUUUGAGACAUUAGAAAUUAUUGUUGGGCAUUUAUUAUAUCGUCUUUCAUUCUUUUGUUGAGUACCAAGCAAAUCCUUAGCUUCAAAGUCACAAUCUUUGGGAAUUUUAACUAUCCAGUCUUCCCAUUACAAUGUAGGAUUUGAUUGGAUAUGUACCAAGCCAACUUUUAGUUGGACAUUUCCUAUGGCUGACUUUCAUUUACAGCUCUUCUCAAGAGUACAAUAAUCAUUUUUUCUCUAAAAAGGGUAAAAACAUUUAAGCAAAAAUGCUGGGGUGCAAACAGUGCGGACAGGACUCAAAAUAAUGGCCGAUCAACAGACAAUGCCUGGACUGAUUGGGGAGUUGACCGGUCAACCUUGUGUCUUUCCGGACAAGUUGACUGGUCACAUUCGAUUGUAUUGAAAAUAAAAAAAAAUUUAAAUUUCAAUGCUGUUCAGUAAUUUGUUAUCAGUAUGUAGCGAGCUGCUUUGUAUUGCAGAACUUAGAUCUGAAAUUCUGGGUGUAAUGCAACUAGAACCAUUGUUUACAAUUUGCACAUUGAAACAGACAUUGGGGUUCACGUACACCCGAGUUAAAAUGCCUGGUUACUAUGCUUUUUCUCGAUCAAUGCAAACUUUCCUCCCUUGUAAUGGGGAGUAACAUGGAUUAAUGGCAGAGCUUUAGGAUCAAGAUCUCACAACGUGAUACGUACGCCAGAAAUCGUUACAUUUGGACCUGCUGGACAAAUUUAAUGCGUACGAUAAUGAUAUUUAACGUGUUAAUUACGGGUUAGUCUCACAGACAGUGUUCCUAUUAAAGCACACAAGCUUAUUUUCAUUUUGCUGUUGUAAUUUAUUUUUAUUGUUGACAAUGAGUGCUUUCAGUUAAAGUGCUAUAAGCUCUAAGCAAAGCCUUUUUUGGAUAUAUAUAUAACGCCAGUUUUGGGUCAUGAGCCCCCAUUUUAAGAGUUAUAAAUUUAUCUUAUAAGUUUGACCGAUCAGAAACGACACGCGAAAGGGCUACAAUGAAUUUGGCUGGUCAUCAUGUCUGGAGACUCAUUGCACAUUCUUCAAUAGGCCAAUUAUGAUGUAUUAAAAAAUCCAGUCUUGGCUCUAAAAAGUCUAAAGCUUAGGGGAAUAAAAUAGAUAAAGUCACAUUUAGGUUCAUGGAAAAAAUUAUUGAUGUCAAUCGUUUUAAAGUGCUCUAAACCUCAUAGCUAAGUAUGAAUUUUAACAAAAAAAUUAUAUUGAAAAAGGCCUAUCUCAAGGAAUACUCUCUAUACAUAGCUUACAUGGAUUUAGUACAACUUCCAAGAUGAUCAAACAUUAGACUUUUAUUUAUUUUGAUUGGAUGAUAGGGAAUGUUUUUUAACCCGUAAUUUUAAUAUUUUGCUAUUUUAGUGCAGCAAGAGCAGAUGUUGACUCCAACAUUGAUGAUGUUUGUAAGCUUCUUAGAAGCACAGGAUUUUCCAUUGCUCCUGGAGCCAAAAGACCUAUCAAGUAUCCAGAAGAUUACUUCCGGUUUGUACUCUUAUGUCUUAUGCAGGUUUUCUUUUUUUACUACAGAAGUUCUCCUAAAAGACAGUUCUACUUGUGACCUUCGCAUAGAAACACUAGCAAUAAUGAAGUCAAUGGUGACAAAAAAUGCUCUUAAAAAGUGAUUACAUACUGUUUCAAAAUCCAUAGCUCUUUUUCAUGUUGUUCGAUUUUUCAAUUGUUGCUGAAUUUUUCUGGAUAAAAGUUGUAUUCUAAAGGACGUAGUCAACAAAGCAUGAUAUUAGACAGAUUCACGUCAUGAUCUAAAAGCAUUCCUGGUAGGUGUGGAAAGGCGGAAUAAUUUUUUGCAGCAAAGUAAAUAUUUCGAUGGCAACUGUAUACCCACAUUAACUUUGUUUUAUAUCGUACAGGUUUGUGUUUCUUUUUAUCAAACAAAGUUUUGAAAAAAAAAAAAUGUCAGAUUUAUUAUGUGAGCAGACAGCACUUCUGUGACAACCAGAGAGUAAUUUUUGCUGUUGGCUGGAGUUUCUAGAGAACUUCAUCUAAGGCUGAAAACCAAGUGACAAAUUAAUUUAUUAUAUUUAUUAAACCCUGCCUUUGGUGUUCAUAUGGGUGAAUUUUUUCUAGGCGUAUUUCAGUACCAGAUACUUUUGUUGACAUGCUGAUUGGUCGCCUGCGGUCUGACGAUGUCUAUAAUCAGGUCAGCUAUGUUGCACAGCUGUAUUUCUCUAUUUGUCUAACCCAAUUUUAACCCAAGUGUUAUACAUUUAGUUACUAGCUAGAGAGUGUGUCGAUAAUUACAAUUUUUUGUUUUUUUUCUGAAGCUGGCCCUUUUAUACAUAUUAUUCAAAUAUCUGAAGCAUAAACAUCAGUCUGUACUGUUUGAUUGUUAAUGUAUUGAUGUCGUUUGUUUCCCAGAUCUCAGCUUAUCCUUUGCCUGAGCAUCGAAGUACAGCUCUGGCAACUCAAGCUUCCAUGUUGUAUGUCAUUUUGUUUUUUGCACCUGACAUUCUACAAAAUCAGCAGGCAAAAAUGAGGGAAAUAGUUGACAAACAUUUUCCUGAUAACUGGGUAAGGACCAAAUUAUUAUUAUUUUGUUCUUUUAAGUCUUGCAAUACAAUUGGUGAUCCUCCAGACAACUACCAAUCUGAAUAAGAGUGUGACAGAUCACCACUACUAGUGGUUAUUGUUGAUUUCUCAGUGCUUGAUGCUGACUUUUUUGGACAUUAGGCAAUGGGCUAGUAAGUGAAAAGUGAGCAAUCCUAAUCUCCAGGUCGUUAUUAUGCAUGAGUCGCAUGUAUGUAGCAAGCAUACGUUUGGACUUCAACUAAGAAUGUAUGGAAUGCAUAGAACGCACUAAUAAUCUGAUCACGCAUGUUUUAAUCAUCUGUCACAUGAAACUUAUGCAACGCACAACACUGGAGCAAAAGCGUUUUGACCUUCGAUCAUUGUCGCUCUAACUCCGUAACCUUUGGUUAUUACUAGUUUCAGUGUUAUUCUAAUCCCUGAGCUUGCAGCUUACUUUCAUCACUUGUCAGGGGGUGGGGUGGGGCUGUACCCUAGAGGGGUCGUGAACAUUUGUGUCUUUGUAUGAUGGGGUGUCAUUUAAAUAUUCUUGUAUGAAGGCAAAGUAAAUAGAAGCAAAUUUAUCCCUUCUGCAUAUUCUCAUAUUAUUGCUGCAUAAACAUUGAUAAUAAGUGUAGAACUUUCAUGAUUUAAACAGAUAAUUUUUCCCCCAGGUUAUCAGCAUUUACAUGGGAAUUGUUGUAAAUUUAGUCGAGGCAUGGGAUCCCUACAAAGCUGCCAAAACAGCACUGAACAAUACUCUUGAUGUCACUAAUGUUAAAAACUUGGUAAGAAUGUCAAGUCAUUCAAUCUUUCAUUCUUUGCCUUGCUUUUUUGUUCAUCUGUUUUUUCGUUCCUAUUCUGUGUGAUAUUACGCAGACUGUGAAUGGUCACUUUAUUAUUUUGUUCUAGAAAUUGUAGGUGGUUACUUUUAUUUUGAUUAUGGAGCGAUCAUGCUAAUCAUAAUUCUCCUUAUUAUGACCUGGCUAGUAUAAUCUGGUGAAUAUUAUCUCCCCUGUGUCCCUAACUCCCAUUCCCAGAAUAGUUUGUUCUCUCCCUGUAAUCGCAGCCAAUUUGGAUAUUCUAAAACAAAGGAUCCAUAAUUAAAUGAUUUUGCAGUGCUUUCACAGUGUAUUGGGUUGUACUAAGGAUGGAGUAAAUUGGACAGGACCUAGUCAUGCACUGACAGUGUGAUUUUCCUUUUCUUUUUGUAGGCAAGCAGAUUCAAUACCAAAGUUAGGAGUUUAAAUGUGGAGGUAAGCAAAUUGUUUGGGGUUUGGUAUACAGAGAUUGCUUGCUAUUAAACUUCACUGUCUUGAUUGUACAUGUACAUAACCAUUAUGCAUGCAUAUACAUAAAGGUAAUGGUGAACCAUUAAAUCACCAAUGAUAUUGUUGGUUAUUGUUGCUUAUUUUUAAGUAAAUCUAAUAUGAUUAUAGUUAAUACGUUACAGUAAAGGAAAAUUAAUUAAAUUAUGUUAUUCUUAGGUGGUGAAUUACCUUAAAGAAGGAGCUCUCACUGAAGAGUAUGUGUUGGAUCACAUUCCAAAACUGAUGAAUUGCUUGAGAGAUUGUAAUGUAACACUCAGGUGGCUCAUGCUUCACAACUGUGAAAGUAAGUUCUUGAUAUGCAUUUAUAUUAGUAAUAAUAAACAAUAUAAUAAUAAUAAUAAUAAUUUUGAUGAUAAUAAAAUUAAUAAUAAUAAUGCUAGUAAUAAUAAUGAUAAUAAUAGUGUUGAUAACAAUAAUGCUAUUAAUCGCGACACUGCUACUGGUUUCCUCAUGAAUUGAUGACAUAGUACUGACUGCAGAAAUUCCAUGCUAAUGACCUGUCUCUACCCAGAUCUGGGUAGUGCUUCUGAUUGGUUGAAGAAAAUUUCCCUUAGAGUUGACUAAUCAGAAGCACUAUGGGUAGUGAAGCGUCAUCAAUAUGGAAUUUCUGUGGUUGUCCCUGCCUAACAGAAGGAUGUUGUUCAAAUUUAAAAUAAUACUCAAAGUUUUCAGGAAAGCAGCUUUGCAUUGACAAAGUGUAUAUCUAGUGUUAAAUGUAACUUUGUGAUUUGUUUUCACACUGAUAGUGUUUGAUAUGCAUAAGAGAUGCCGUUCCCUCAGAGAGAUGGUGACCACAACUGGAUAUGAUCCAAGAAUUGUCUUUCAGUUGUUGCUGAACACUGCACAGUUUGAACUCAAUCUCAAGGAGGUUCAGUAUUAUACAAUAACAUGUUACAAAUUUUCAUUGCUCUGCUGUACGUGUACUACAUUUGUACUUUUACAAGUGUCUGCAGUUAUUGGCAGGACAGCUACUGAGGGCCUGUCCCUACCCAUACAACCAUGAAUGAGGCUAGUUAAGGCAUUAAAUAACAUUAAUAGCUCAGUCCCUUGUUGGUACUCCUGACCUAAUUAUUAGACUUGAUAAUUAAAUAUAAACUACCCAUUGCUGGAUUAUUUUUUUUUUUCACUCAUUCACAUUGUAAUAAACUAAAGCUGGGUUUUAAAACAAUGGUAAACAUGUUAUUCUUGGCCUUUUUUAUUCAUCUUCUAACAUGUUUAAGUACUGUCACAGUUUAAGUAAUGAAAAGUAAGAACAUAAACGUAGUACCCAUUUCUAUAGUAGGCUUCACACUCUGAAUGAAAGAGUUAAAACAUAAUAUUUGUAAUUUUUGGCCUCCUCAAUCAAUUUAGAUGUUCAAGCAGAUGUUAGCGCAGAAACAAGUGCAGUGGGAAAAACACAAAACAGAAGGAGUUGAACGUAUGGAUGAACUGUCAGAAGUGUUUUCUGGGACCAAACCUCUAACAAGGAUACAAAAGAAUGGUACGUGACCUACCAUGGUUUAACAGAAGGCUAGCCAUUUUAAGACUUAUAUUGGCUCACAUCAACAUUAUCUCCAUAUAGAUGAGCCACAUUUGUAAAUGUUGUACAGUAGUUAAUUUUUUAUCUCAGUUAAUUUUUAUUUUUCGAUUGUUUUUAGGCAUGGUAAUGUAUACUAACGUAUUUGAAACAAAGGAAAACUAAAAAUUCACUGAAAUAAAAAAUUAAUUGCAGCAUAAACAAACCGUACCAAGAAUGAAGGUCAAAAUUUGGAAGAAAAAUAUUUUUGUCACCAAAUUUAUUGCUUAUUCAACGAAGAGCUUUAACUAAAGUUCAACGAAAAAGAAAGAGGGAAACAGGGUGCAAAGAAGGUUAGUUUUAGUCAUUUUACAGCUUGCCUGAAACUGCAGCUUGUAUAUUCUAGCCUAAGAGUCAUUUAAACUAAACCAAAGAGUUUUUUUGGUUUAGCAGGAUUGAAUAGAUUCAAUUCUGUAAAAUUUUUUAAAUUCUGUAAUUUGAAUUCCCCCCCAAAAAUUGACUUGCCCAUUAAGCAAAUGGAGAGCAGAAUUGCGCUAACCCGGUGGCAAAAUCCACUAACCCUGGGCUAUCGGACAUACCUUUUUUGCGCACUGUGAAACUAAACACUGAUAGACACUAUUGUCACUUGUAAUUAAUCAAUUGACAGGGUUAUAUAUUUAUACUAUUAAAAGGUGACUUCAGGCGCUUAUUAAUUUGACAAAUUUGGCUAAUAUCAUCAUCUUCACCCUUGUCUACAGAAAAUCUCCAAGCUUGGUUCAAGGAGAUGUCCAAUCAGAUUUCGUCCUUGAAUUAUGAUGAUUCUACUUCUGCCGGCAGGAAAAUGGUGCAGCUUAUUCAAGCCUUGGAAGAGGUUGUUAUUAACAGUGUCAUUAACACAUAAAUAGUAACAGUUACUGUCUUUCCUGGUCCCAUUACAUCCCUACUAUGACAACAACACUAGGUACAGCCUAAACUAACCAAAAUCUAAAUAUAUACAUAUACAUACAUACAACCUUUAUUUAUACACAAUACUAAUUCAAAGCUACAAGCUUGUGGGGUCGUGUGCAAAUGAAAAUGAAAGUCAACCAAGCAAAUUAAUUAGUAUUCAUGGUUAACAGUUUGAUGUGCUAUGUUUAGUUAGGACUGUGCUGUUAGCUAUGCUUAAUGGCCCCUGGUGACUUACUGUACUUCGACCUUGGACAUGUUAAGUACAAAAUGUUAGUUAUUGCAUCAAUCUUAUUAUGCUAGGAAUCCUGGUUUUAAAAGGUUCAAAAAGGUUCAGUGUUUCUUAGAGUACAAUUCUUGAGAGUUAUGUUAAGCUACUGGUUGUAUUUAUGUAAUACUGUAGUGAUACAGAUAACAAAAUAGUACUCUACAUUGUAUUACACCGUACAGUUUACUAAACAUCAUGAAAAUGAGCUUCUUAAUUUGCUUCCUCAAGGUUCAAGAAUUUCAUCAGCUAGAAAGCAAUCUUCAAGUGCGACAAUUCCUGCUGGAAACAAGACAGUUCUUACAUCAGAUGAUCAGGACAAUUAAUAUCAAGGAAGAGGUAUGUAUAAUGUCUGAGAAUAACUUUUUUCUAAGCAUUUCAAUGCACUUCAAAUCAGUUUCCCCACAUAUAGUUCACACUUAAGUUUGUGUCAAGGAGUAAAUACAGCAGAACCCCUUUUGUCUUAGAGAUAGUCUGUUCCAGGUGUUCAGAUAGUAGAACACAAUCAAAAAAUUGAUGAGGGAAAAAAAAGCAGGUGAGACUCCCCUCGUUUUUUCCCCUCAUUUCCUCUGUGUACGAUUUAACUCGCUCACCACCAGGACGGAUAAUGCUCCCCACCAUGCGAACACCGCUCUCUGCAAUCUGAAGGCCUGGAACAGGCUAUUGUACAGAGAGCAAUGAUAUCUUUUACCCCACUUGCUGUAGCAUUUAUGCAAUAAGUCCCCAGUAUAACGUGUACCUUCCAUUUCUAGUUGUAAUGAUUUUCCAAGUCUGUAUUGUUAAAACCACAGCACAAUUUUCGCUGUUAACAUACUUGUCAAUGUUGGAGAUGCUGGGACUGAGUUGAUUUUUGCUUGGGAGUCAACGAUUCACAUUAACUGUGGAGUGUUUCUUAGGGGAAAAAACUGAACCAGUCGAACCUACCUGUCCAUAACAGUUGCCUCUUUAAAUGCUUACUGACUUGCCACUGACCACCAGGUGGCCAUUGAAAACAUUUUUUUUAGGGAAAUCCAGGUGUACAAUCAAGAUUUCAUUAAAAAAAUGACUUUCAGUAGAUGAUGCUGGGGUGCGUGGGCAAUAGAUUUUCUGAUCGUCACCGUUUUGAGGCUUUCCAAAGGAAGUUGCAGGAGUAUUGAUAAACAUUGCCCGCUUUUUUCAUUGCAUUGGUUAGCAAGCAUUGAUAACUAAAAUUUUUUUUGCAUUGCCUUUGCAGGUUUUGAUCACUAUUCAGUUGGUUGCUGAUCUGUCAUAUGCAUGGAUUAUCAUUGAUAGGUAAGAAUUAUGUUGUUUCCCUACUGUGGUGCAAGGUGCAUGUCACUCAAGGCAAGAAGUUCAUGAGAGAAUGGGUGGGAACAAGGUUGUGUCGUUAUCCUACGAAUACCGCAGGGACUAGUGGCAUGGAGUUAUGGCCGUAUUCACAGCCUAUUGUGUUUUUUAUAAUUUUUGUACAGUGGAGGUUUGAAUGCGAUUCUUACAUUUUUCUUGUAACUGAGAAUGGAUGAAUCAGGUUAGAUAGAUGAAAAAGUUGAGAAUGUAUGGCAGAUAGACAUUUGGAGGAAUUGAAAUGCAAAACACUAGCCUUCUUAACUUUAGAAUUACAUGUAGAUAAACACAUUAUUUUAUUCAAGUAAAAAUCAUGAUCAUACACCAAUGGUUGUUGUUUUUCAGACAUUUUCUAUUGUGUUUAUUCUACAGUUAUUCUGGAUUCAUGCAACAAGGAAUCAAGAGCAAUCCUCAGUUAGUUCAAAAAUUAAGAGCUACGUUUCUCAAGGUAAAAUUCAGUUGUAUUCAUAUCUGUACAUAGAAGUUUCCUUGAAUUGACAUCACAGUCGUAGAGAAGUCUUAACUUCAACUCUUAAGUACUGCUGCGGUUAUUUUUAUUGAAGGAGGUUAAGCAAGCCCUCUAGCCUUCUCCCAACCGCAAAAUGAUAAUACUUCUAACUUAUGAUAACUUGUUACCACCACUAGGCUCGUUAAAACCCGUAGUUGAACGACAAAGGCUAUCGCGUUUUCUUUUCUUGCUCUUAUAGAUGGCUUCAGCCAUGGAUCUGCCACUUGUGCGCAUUGGUCAGGCGAACAGCCCUGAUUUAGUGAGCGUGUCUCAGUAUUACUCCGGUGAAUUAGUAGCUUACGUCAGAAAGGUAAGACAACUGACUCGUUUUCUUUGUGCAUAUGAAUGACACAUUUCAAAGGCUAGGCUGCUUAGUAGACUGCUUAGUAUACAACUGAGAAUUGACCAAUUGGACGACGAUUUAUUACUUUGAGUUGUAAAGUGUCUUUGAGUUGUAAAAAUUAGCUUUGUUCAGUUCUUUGGCAGAAUCCUUAAUUCGACAGAUUUAAGGCCAUUUUGAUGAUCAAAAUUUCACUGGAUCAAGAUUAAUUUGACUAUCCGAUGAAUCUUACGGCAGUUCAAAGGAAAAUCUUGUUUUGAAUUUUCUUCUCUGGCAUUUUUGCCAAAUCGUAGAAAAAAAAAGCAGAAAAACGGCAAGAGAGAAAACAAAACUAAAAUUAAUUUAAAACUUUUUUUAUUAUUGUGGUGUGCAAACUUGAAGUAAAGCUUUGCAUUUGCCUCAUAAAGUAUUAGUUGAUGAGGUAGGAAAAAUAAGUUGAUAAUUUUGAGUCGUUUUGUGUAGAUAGCGGCCAGGAGACGUCUCAGUUUUGUUACCUCGGGUUACCUCGGACUCAGAUUCUUGGAGACGUUAGUUUGAAUACUUCCAGUACACCAAGUGAAGGGCUUUUUGUUGAAGGGAAGUUUUUUUUAUAGGUUUUACAGAUUAUUCCUGAGACUAUGUUUGGUUUACUGGCAAGGAUCAUUCAGCUACAGAUCAGCAGCGUAAAGGAGGUUGGUAGUACGGCCUUUAUGAAAGCAUCAUCAUUAUUAUUAUUAUACUACUACAUGAAAAAUUUCUGCAAUUUGAUUGGCUUCAGCUUAAUUUGAAAUACCUACAUGUGAAAAUUACAAACCUUUUGCGGGUAGUAGUAUAAACAAAUAAUAGCAUGAUUUGGACGUGAUAUUUGGCAUAAAUACCACUGGAAAUAUUUAAAAAUUGUCUCAAAUUUCACUCGCCUAACGGCUCGUAAAAUUACGUAUAACAAUUUCGAAAUAUCACUCGUGGUAUUUAUGCCUAAUAUCACUACAAAUCAUACUAUUACCUAUACAAACACUGAAUUACAGUAUUUGAAAGUUACAUGUAGUUUGCGCGUGUAUUCUGAUCGUCUAUUAAUGAAUUCCUUUAGGUUCCCACCAGGCUGGAAAAAGAUAAACUGAGAGAAUAUGCACAGUUGGAUGAACGAUACCAGGUAAUGUUGUCUGGCUAUUGAACAAGACAGUCUUUUUAGUAAAAAUACACUUUCGAGUUCUUCAAUUCUUGCCUGCAUAACAAAUCAGUUAUUCAUGACAGAAAUAAGUAAGAAACAGAGAAAAUGCGUGUGGAUCGUAUAGACUCUUUCAGUUCUUCAAGACUGAUCUUUCCUCCGUUCCUCUGUCAUAAUUUAGUUUACAUGGAUGGCAAACUUUGUUUCAAAUUGACUAUUUGCACGAUGACGUAUUUUUACUACUAAGACCAGAAUUCAUUUCGUUUUUCCUUUCAUUUUUAAAUUUGGUAGUCUUAGUGAAGUUUAAAUAACAAAAGCCUUAAUUUGCACAAGAAAGCAAUACCCUGAGAGAUUCUGGUCGUAAUAGUAAAAUGACAUCAUCUUGCAAGUGGCCUAUUAUCCCUCUCACCGAUCGCGGAAAUCCUGAGAUAGACCAGAAACCCUUGCAGGCCAGAACGUGUAGCAUUUAUCUUUAGUGUCUUAUGUUACAGAGACCUGAUGUAGCACCGCCGACCAAGUUGACCGUCUGUAGCCCAUCUUUGAGGUUACUCGCUGAUCAGAAAAUAGAUUAUUUGUUAUUUAAAGAUGCCAGCCUCAUCCAAGUCAGAUGUAGACAUUUAAUGAUAAAUGCCGAAAUAAGUGAAAAUGUCAACCUCUAACCUGAUUUAUGUUUUUUAUUCAGAUUGCAAAACUGACCCACUCUAUCUCAGUGUUUACUGAAGGAAUUUUGAUGAUGAAAACCACUUUAGUGGGAAUUAUCAAGGUGAGAAUUGAAUUAGAUUUGACUGUCGAAGCAGCGUAGCCCAGUGGUUAGAGCGGUGGACUUGUAAUUCGGAGGUCCCGAGUUCAGGUCCCACCCUGACCGCUCGUUUGAUUUGUUCUCGGGUAGUAAGUAGUUCAAACCCUCUGCCACACUUGUCCAACAGCUAACUGGUUCGCCUCCUACCAGUUGGGAUUCGUAACUUUAUUAUGUUCCAUUUAAAUUGUUUGUUUCAUUAUUCCUGAAAAGCCUCAUAAGGGGAAAGUAUAAUUAAUUGAUCCAAUUUUUAUGAUUUUUGAUUUUUUGAUAUUAAAUUUUUAUUUUAACUGCGGUUUUAUUUCGGCGAUGUGGCGUUGUCUGAUAACGUUAUCGACAACAAAUUCUUCAUCAGAGUUGUCUGUAGGAGCAAGUUUGUAAUGAUCUGGCUGACUUUGUUUUAUGUUUAGAUUGAUCCCAAGCAGCUUUUGGAGGAUGGUAUUAGAAAAGAACUUGUCAGACAGGUGACCUAUGCUCUUCAUACUGGCCUCAUAUUCAAUCCAAAGGCAAAGGUACGUUGUCUGAAUACUGAACUGUGUAAUUCCGAUCACAUGAUAUCUGCAUGCCGCGGGUAAUUUGAAUCGGACUACUAACAUGGUCGUUUGGCCUUUAUAGCGCCGUUCAUGUAGCUCAAUACCCUGUAACCUUUUCUAGUAUCGAAGCUAUGUGAAAUGAUUUUACGAUAACUUGCAAAGCAGGCGUUCUCGUGCAGCUCAGAGCGAAACUUAGGAUGGCUGUCGCGUUCGUUUUUUUUUCCCCGCCAUUUUGAAUAUGGCGACCAAACUAUGGGAAGAGGACUUAACUACUUUUGGUACGCGGAGUGGGUCGCGACGAUCUGCUUUCCCGCCCCCGCCCCCAUACCCAAAGUAGUUUUGUCCCAGUCCAUAAAGUGUCAAGGAUACAAGCGUCAAAGUUAGCCGGGCAACUUUUUACAGGUUUACCUAGGGUCAGCUUAUUGUACGCGACUUGGCCGUGAACAACUAAAUUAUCAUCGUUGUGGUUUUGCGUUGUAAAUUAUACCUAACGCAGGUAGUCUUAUUGUCGUUUGUUAACAGCAAUCUGAACUUGACAUAAAAUUGAAAGGGCUAGGAGGAAGAAUGGAUGGAUUUCGUCGGUCGUUUGAGUACAUCCAAGAUUACAUCAACAUUUAUGGUCUGAAAAUCUGGCAGGAGGAAGUGUCCAGGAUCAUUAACUAUAAUGUGGAACAAGAAUGUAAUAGCUUCCUCAGAGAAAAGGUACUUGAUACAAUAGGCUUGCGCAGCAGAGGCUAAAUCAUGGGCGGGGCUCGUUCAUGUGGAGAAAACUUUCCCCGGAUAGAAGUAGCAGGGUCACUCGCUUAUCCUAGCUACCCUGGUCGAGCCAACUUUUUCCACAUUCUUUACAAAGCUUGGCAAACCGUUUACUUGAUAAACAAAACAUUAGCUCGGCUAGUGGCCCUUCUUCGAUAGGAGGGUCACUCUUUUAGCAGGGGCCAACUUUUCUCCCUUUUGACCACUGGCUCGCCCAGCCGGGUCAACUUGGUCAAGGCAAGACAAUAAGAGCAUGCGCAAGCGCUGUUGUCAGCUGUUAGCUCGGGCAAAGCGAUCAACUGUUUUUACUCAUAUAAACGUUUGCUAAAAUUGACUUGGCUGGGAGGGUGACUCCCUUUGCCGGGAUAACUUUUCUUCCUAAUAUAUAAGGGGCCGUAGUAAAGCUGUAAAAAGCAUUUGUUUGAGUUAUUCCUUUGUCCUUAGUAGCCCGUCUUUCAAAAGUUUCGACAAUUUUCGGACACGAAAAAAAUUUUAUACUGGCAGAGUUUGCAUUAAAAGCUUACUGGCUUUGGAAGUAAUUCAAUAAAACUGUAAAUUAAAUUAAUUAAUUUCUGCCACAAAAAGUUACUGGCACUUGGAAAAAAUUAAUGAUCUAAAGGCAUUAUAAGAAUACCGAGCUUGCGUGAAUGAACUGCGACGUUUCAGAGUACCGUAAACUUCCGCUUAUAAGAUUUAGGCUUAUACAUCUUACUGUGGAGGAUUAAAAGUGGUGGUGGUGGUGGUGGUGGGGGAAGGGGGUGUUUAUAAGCGACAGUUUACGGUAUCUAGCACUUGUUUCUUCUCAGGUACACGACUGGCAGUCUAUUUACCAGUCCACCACAAUUCCCAUUCCAAAGUUCCCUCCAGUUGAUGAGUCUGUGAACUUCAUUGGACGGUUGGCACGGGAGAUCCUACGAAUAACAGACACCAAGUAAGCUUAUAAUUUUUUGAGCUAAAAAAAAAAGCACCCGUGGAGAUUUGAUGUUCGCUAACGAGAGGUGGCUGUUUACGAGAGAUCCCAACUAUAGUGCUUUGAAUGAAAAAAAAAAUUGUUUUUUCUGCAUAUUUUAUCACUUAUGAUAGAUGUGGUUUCGCUUACGAGAGAUUUCAACCAGUAGCAUUUUGACCGGGAAAGCUGAGUUUGGUUACCGGUAUUAUGUUUAUGUCGUCGCUUUCGUGAGGUCGUCAAUAUGGGUUCUACUAUAUCUUUAUCGAGAUGUGAUUCCGUUUUAAAUUCUAAUCAUUCCCUUUGCCGUAUUGCAGGACCACGUGUUAUAUUGAUCAAAUGGGAGCAUGGUACGACAGUAGAACAAAGCAAGAAGUUAUGAAUCUGCUGAUUCUGAAGAAGCUUCAGCAGGGGGUCGGUUCAUUUGGUUUGACAGGUCUGGACAAACUACUCUCCUUCAUGAUCGUCAAAGAACUGCAGGUUUGAUUAUUUGCCAUUUUUGUUUUGUUUUGGGUUGUUUUGUUGUUCUUGUUUAAUUUGUUUUUCGGCCCUUUCAAGGCCAGUAGUGUUCAAGUAAUUGACUAAUCCACAGUUUUUCUAAGUUUUUGGGCCCCUCUCUCUGAAACAAUACGUAUGCACUAGUACAGUAUUAUUUUAUAUUAACCGCACUCGAUAAAAUAACUUGUAUUUGCUUCAGAGUUGUUGAACACACUGCCUUGAAAUUGUGAGUUUUCCCGUGAAAAAGCCGCAUUGGAACAUGUCACAUGUUCAAAUGCAUACGUGUAUGAAUCCAAAAUUGCUCUAUGAAAAUUUGAAGGAAUUUUAAUUCUUUUAAUUACACACCAACUUUUUCCCUUCAGUUUGUUUGUUCACUCGACACGACUGGCAUUGUUUCGUUUUGUUUCUAGAAAUUCCAAGCUCUUCUUAGAGGAUCUCUCAAAGAUAAAAUGAUAACGGACACUCUGACGGGACUUUCUAAAGUCCUUACUCCUGUAAAAAGUUUGAUAGGUAAGUAGUAUUUAGCGUCUGGAGAUGUUAGUCUCCCAUGGAACCUUAACGUCUGGUCAUGCAACGCUCCUUCCCAGAGUGUUGCGUGACAGGACAAUAACGGCUGCAUCUACAUGGCAGACUACUGGAUAUGUUUGCUGUACGAUUAAUUAGCGCACUGCUGCGCGUUAGGCUUUGUCGGUGUUGUAUCGAAUGGUACAAUUUCAACACAUUCUCCUGCGCAACCUCAAAAUAACCAAUAAAAGAAGCGAUAGCGUCAUCAAAACAUCCACAUAAUACAAUUUUCUCAAUACCGACUCAGUCUUCCUCCGGUGGAACGUCAAAAUGUCCAAUAGCCGGGCCUUUACUUAAACUGCUAUAAUAUUCUUUUAGUGAUAGGUUUAGCAAUAUAUUCACGAGAAGCCACACUCCAAUUUUCUUUUUCUUACCAUAAGCUGCAGUAACCUCUCGACAAGGCAACUAGCGUUUUUGCAAGCGAACACAUCAGUCAGUGCAAGGAUGGUGGCAUAGUAUUGUGAUUGUUUGGUCGUCUGGGUCUGCGUCGUAUUUGCAAGCUUGUAAUGUCCUAUAGAAAACAGUCAAGCUUAUUUUGAUUUGAAAUAGUUGGUAACUGUAUCUAAUCGACAAUGUGUUCAGCACGAGGUACAUCACCUACUGAAGACCGACCACUUUUUCUGGCCGGCGGAGGUUAUCUUAUGUAGGUCAAACGCAGCCUUUUGUUCUAAUAAAGCUAAGUCUGGUAACAAUUCUGUGGAGUUUUUAUUCAUAGUUGUUUUUCAUUUGUUUUUAUUCAUUGUUGUUUAUUGUGUUCCUUGUUCCUUGUUUUUGUUUAGCAACACCUUACAGAGUUUAUCCUCCGGUAACUCAAAAAUUGGCCCGACUUUGGACGCAGUACUGUGAAGCUAUAAUGAAAGUACGCAAACUAAUCACUUCUUUAAACCAUUUUUUGUUGACUGUGUUGGUUGAUAUAUGCAACUUUAAAACAUCGCAGGUUUUCAAAGAAAACGCAAGAAAUCUAGAUUUAGAAGUAAACUAGCACACGGACGAGUAAGAGAAAUUUCUAAGAGCAGCUGAAGAAAGUAGUGAAGCUGCCAACGCAAGCCACCUUUAUUCUUCUUCCUCCUGAAUUUUGUCCGCGCUAUCGUUAACAAUUUACCUUUUUCAAUGCUUUCCUGUCAUUUGGCGAGAAACGUGAUACGGUAUCCCAACAUUUAUGACCGUUAUUAGCUAUUCCAUGAUCUAGUACUGAUCAAUGAUUGGCUUGUUGAGUUUGAAAUGCGUCCACUCUGCUGGUGCCUAUUGGCUAACUUCUCUUUCUCCUAGCCGGGAGGGACAGCCUUGAGUUUGUCGUGACAGAGUUCAUCUAGUUUAUAAAUAUUGUUGAUUUGUUUUUCGUCCAGGUUGGACAGAUGCAGCUUAUAAGAAGACAGAUUUCUAACGAACUUAACUGUUCCUGCAAGUUUGACUCCCAAGUUCUCUACAAUGCGCUAGGCACAUUUAACAAGUAAGAGCGUUUUUGUUCUUAUAUCAAUGUAAUGUCUGUAUUUUGCGAUUUCUUUGACUAUGGGAAAAUUGUUUGGAAGUUUUCUAACUCGAACUUACAAAUUCUUUAGCUAAGUUGAUGAAAAUGAUUUUCGAUCCGUUUUCCCGGGUAAAAAUAUUCGUAAAAAAGAAAAGGCCUGGUGAUAUUGGCCAAGCAGAAUUCUGAACACUGAGUCAAAAAGAAUUUCCAGCCUCAAGAUGGUACAGUGAAAAGCAAGGUGGUAAAUUAUGUGCGUUUUUUACCACAUUUUCUUCAUAAAUUCUUCUCGGUGUCCUUUUUUCAGUGCUCUUCUGCGUGAUGUCGAGGCUCAUUACCAGGAUCCUACUCGGCCGUAUCCCAAGGAAGAAAAUCCACUCAUGUUUGAACUGACGUCAUAUCUUGAGUGGGCUGGAAUUCAUAAUCCCCUGACAAAGGUAUGACAAAGCGAUCAUUCCGCUUUUCUUGGAUUUUUUUUUUUUUGCGCUUUGUAUCGCUUCUCAUUUUAGAUCCAAAGUGAUUAUCGUAAGGAGCUCACGCUACGUCGUUGCCUAAUUGUCUUCUAGCGUGUUGUUGCUGGCAUAAAUUUGCGGCAAUAUUUACUGUCGUGUACCUAUCAAGUAUGUUUUUGUUAAAAAACAUCGAUCGAAAGAUAUUCGCCAUAUGCGUGACAAUGGACGGUAAAUCUUUGAUGUUAACACGCGGAUCGUUCCAUAAGAAACCUAGUCAAAGACAUGUAAUUUCCAAGUGGCGUAUAAGGCGGAUCCAAGAGUACUGAGGCGCGGUAACCUAGUGGGAAAGGCGUCGGACUUGAGAUCCAGAGGACUUUGCUGGAGAUUAGAGAAGAAAAUUUGCUUCAUGUUGUCUCUCUUCAAAAUGAGUACCGGAUAAAAGCUGUUGCAGAGAAUACUGUGGUGAACUAGCGUCCCUUGUAGUGGAUAUUACCUCCUAAUCAGACAUUCUUUUUGCUCGACACGAAAUCCUCCCUUUCGAACGUCUGUUUUAAAACAUACACCAAUCACAGCGCACUUCCAAAGUAAGGAAGUGUGUACUUUGAACCGUGAGAAAUUUCGCGCGAGACUCCACUAAAUAACAUGACGGAAGUUAGUGUGUCCUUUCAACAAGUGUGUAACACCAUAAAAAAUCGUCGAUUUAAGUGCUUAUCAACGAGAGGCUUUAGUGAACUUCGUGGAUAGGAAGAAGGAUCCUACUGGGUUCCCGUAGUCACCUACGCAUUGCUUUUCUGUUUUACAGAUUUAUAUCACUACAAAGAAGUAUCCAUUUUUCGCGCUGCUCAACUUUUUGUGUGUGAUUGCUCAGAUGUCAAAGCUAGUGUAUGUCAAGAGUGUUGGUGAGGACCUCUAUAUCUUACUUGUAUUGAAAAAUUUUCAACUGUUGGACAUUUACAGCAGUCUUGUCACAAGUUUAGAGCAAGACAUACACCUUAAUUGCUAACUGACAGACAAACAUUGCAUAGGUUCUUUUCAGUCCUUAUCUGCUGGCUACUUUCAAUAGGCCAAUUUACAGUUGUAUGCUAAGUUACCUAGCCUCUGAGUGGAAGCGAGGCUGGUGGUGAUUCUCUUUUGAUAGAAACCUCAGUUCAGUUCAUAUGACAUAAUACGUUUGAAAACACGGUCACCUCCAGCCUCGCUUCCACUCAAGGCCAGGAUACUUAGUACACAACUGUGCAAUGGUCUAUUGGUACUCCUCGUUUCCAAGUUUGAGUGUUAAGCCUUCCAUUUGGACAGUUUACUUCCUUGAAAGCCAGGGAAGGGGGAUUGGAGGGGGAUUUCUUAGAACUACAUUUAUUUUUUCAAGAUUUUCUUCAUCGAGAUCAGCCAAUUCGUGAUGAAUUCUUCUUUCAGGUACAAUGGUAGCGAGACGUCCGACCGAUCAAAUCGACAGCGCGCCCUUUGUAGUGGGCAUGAUAACAGUUCUAAAACAGUUCCACUCUGAAUACACGGAGCAGUUCCUGGCCUGCUGUGGUCAAUACGUGAGGUCCCUCAUAGAGGCUUCUGCCAACAAGUAAGUGCGUAACACCGGUCAUAAACAGCGUCACAAGGAACGUACCCCCCCCCCCCCCCCCUUCUUCCACCUGUAACGGGAUACCCGACAAAUUUCCCCCCCCCCUUCAUUUUUUCGGGGGGGGCCGUCCAUUCAAGUCUUUCAUACACAUAAAACCAUAUCAGCUGCCUACCUUCUGUUGCUUUUGUUUUUUCCGUACCCCCCCCCCCCUCUUUUCUCAAACUGUACAGGGAUCCCAGACAAAUUUCCUCAUCACAUUUCUUUCUUAGGCGGGGCCAUGUCAUACUAGUAUUUAAUACAGAAAAACCUAUCUAUCGCGCAUAUCUUACGUUCCUUGUUGUUUUAUCAUUACGUUUGUUUAAUCACUGUUGAUUUUUUUUCUGUCUGUAUUUUGUAGUGUUAGAAGUAACGAGAUUCCUGCUGAAGUUGUAAAUCUUUUAGUUUUCCUGGAAGACUUUCUUAUGUACAGUCAGCUUCCAAGAAAGGUGCGCUGGAUUCUUGUUCUUUAUUUGACUUAACCUUAUGGUCAGCGUGUUAGACUGGAGUCAAGUAUUUUAUUGUCUUAAUGUGUAGGUAUAAAGGUUUAAAAAUGCAUGCUUUUUCAAGCGAGAAACGAUAAGCACAAUAAGCUCAGGCAGGGGUUUUAGAGUAACAUAGGGUGUGUAAUUUAAUAGCCUUCCACUUUGUAAAUAUUUGCUUUUUUAUUUGACAUUUUUGUUUAUUUUGUUUGCGUUUCUUUUCAGGUUGUGGAGGCUCACAUUCCAAGCUACAUUUUUGAUCAGUUUAGAGUUAAUCUCACGUAGAUAUUUAGCUGAAACUUCGUCUAUUAGGAAAUCAUUAUUGAAGUUCCAGAUACAAGAGUACAUUGAACUGUCUGACCUUAGAUGAAUUGACUGUCGUCUGACAAUGCCCCCUUAAGGAAUAAUAGUGAAAACGUACUUUCCCGAGUUGGCAUAGCCAGUCGAGAUCCGUACACCAAAAACUCUGUCCAGUAUGCAAAACAUCGUAGUGGCCGGUAGUCCGUUUUCUAGUUUUCUGGUUUGUUCCUUCAUAGACGGUAAUUUAGAGCACAUAACAAUAUACCAUACACCAUAACAAUAUGAUGAUGAUGACAUUGGUGAUGAUUAUGAUUUGAUGGUGUUGAUUAUGGUGAUGUGGUGAUGAUGAUGAUCACGACGAUGAUAUAGCGACAGUUAACAAAUACGACGCAAUUGAGUGAAUAGAAAAUUGUCGCGGCGUUGGUUUUUAAGUCUGAAUAACAGUUCAGGUUGACAUUUGAUUUGAGAAGAGACUUUCCUACCUCUGCUUUUUUUCUCCUCUCUUGUUCCCAGGGAUGAUACAAUGGUACACUUCUCCCUCAAUCUUGUCCCCAGGGCAUCUCCCCUUUUCCGAUACACCGUUUUGCUAAUAGUCAGUUCCAAGAUCAGUGGAGAAGAUCCAGUCCAUUGGCGGGGGCAAAAUUGCAAUCCCAAAUUACGUGCUAAAAUACCCACAACAGACUCAAGGGAUCUUCCCACAUGCACUUAAAGCGAUAGUUAGCAAACUGGUGUAUUUAUAAGGAAAAUGCCCUCGGAGCAAGGUUGCCUCUUGCUGUCUCGCAGAGUGUUAUGAGACACGCGGCAUUUUCUUUGUGUAUAAAUGUAUGAAAUUUGUCCGUGGGGGACAUGGGAACCAAUACAAUGCUGUCGAGUACAGAAUAAAAACUCUGCAACAUUUAAUUUUAGCAAGAAACAAUAGGGUUUAUAGAUUA